AUGGCUACUAACGUGCAAACACUUCUCCAGCAGACUCAAGACAUCACCGUCAAUGAUCUAGCCGGUCCUCGAGCACCUGUGCAAGUCCCCGGUGCCAUCUCGGACAAGCUUCCCAAGGUCCGCAGCAAGUAUCGGCAUGUUGCUGCCUUGCACUCCAAAGUUCAGCCCUCAUGCCUCAGCCACGAGACAAGCGGAACUCCCAGCUUCAUCGGCUUUCGCAACCUGAUGGUUCUGGUCAUCAUUGUCAUGAACCUUCGCCUCGUGGUCGAGAAUGCCAAAAAGUAUGGCUUACUGAUCACGGUCAAGAUGAACUUGCGGGAUACGGAUAUCAAGACUGCCCUGCUCCUCUAUGCGCUGACUCCUUGUCACCUCUUUGUGGCCUACAUCAUCGAACGAGUGGCUAUGGAAAAUGCGAAAGGUCUGGUGGGCCGCAGGAAAAAGGAUGACCCCGACCAGAGCAAACCUGAAACCGAGAAAGAGAAGAAGGAGUUCUACUCUACAUGGUGGUGGAUAGCCGUGGCCCACACUUUCAAUGCUUCACUGGCCCUGUUGAUCACGAGCUGUGUGGUGUACUACCGGAUCCAUAAUCCUGGCCUCGGCAUGAUCAGCGAGUUGCAUGCCAUCGUGCUUUGGUUGAAAACAUGCUCUUACGCAUUCACCAACCGAGAUUUGCGACAUGCCAUGCUACAUCCUGGGGGACCGGAGUCGGCCUUGCCAGAGCUGUACUCUAGAUGUCCAUACCCAAAGAACAUCACAUUGGCCAACUUGUGCUAUUUCUGGUGGGCGCCGACACUGGUCUACCAGCCUUACUACCCUCGGACAGAGAGCAUCCGAUGGACCUUUCUCGCCAAGCGAGUUGGUGAGGUUAUCGCCUUGUGCGUCUUCAUCUGGCUUGUCUGCGCUCAAUAUGCGGUACCUGUGCUGCGGAAUUCCCUAGGUGGGAUGGUCUCGCUCGACCUGCCAUCCAUCGCCGAACGACUGAUGAAGUUGUCCACGAUUUCCAUCAUUGUCUGGCUUGCAGGGUUCUUCGCUCUUUUCCAGUCGUUUUUGAACGCGUUGGCUGAAAUCAUGAGAUUUGGUGACCGUGUAUUCUACGAGGACUGGUGGAACAGCACAAGCCUGAAGAUGUAUUGGUCGACAUGGAAUAAGCCCGUGUAUCACUUCAUGCGACGGCACAUCUAUUCGCCCCUGGUUGGCCGUGGUUGGUCACCCCGAGCUGCAAGUGCUUGGGUCUUUGUAUUCUCUGGCUUUUUACAUGAAUUGGCUGUUGGUGUCCCGGCUCACAGUAUCCUGGGAGUGGCAUUUCUCGGGAUGGUUCUUCAGCUGCCAUUAAUCAUGUGUACCGAGCCAUUAGCCAAAAAGGAUGGCACCGGGAAAGUCAUUGGGAAUUGCAUCUUCUGGAUUAAUUUCGUCUUCGUUGGACAACCUCUGGCUGCAAUGAUUUAUUUCUUCUCGUGGCAGGCCAAGUAUGGAGACCUGAGCGAAAUGCCAAAGAAGUGA